AUGGAUUCCGCCGACGUGGUCGUCGAGGACGACAAGUCGCCCUCCAAGACCUCGGAGAACAACGACAAUAAUGACGACAAUGAGAAUGAAGACGCGAACCGCAAGAAAGAGAAAGCUAACGUGCGGAAAAGGACGAAAACCGGCUGUCUCACAUGUCGCAAACGUCGCAUAAAAUGCGAUGAGGGCCGGCCCAUCUGUAACAACUGCAUCAAGUCAAAAAGGCACUGCGAGGGAUACAAUCAGCGUGUCAUUUUCAAAGAACCUAUCGCUGGCUUCAAUCUCAAUGGCAGCUACGGUCCUAUCAUCUAUCCUCCCGAGGCGCCAAACCAGUCUUUCAAUCAACUGCCCAACCCGCCACCCAAGUCCAUUAACGGUCCUCCUUUGGCACCGAUUGCGCCUAAGCCGCCGCAGCAUCUAGAUUUCCAGGGCCAACCGAUGUUUCCAUAUGGUCAAGGCUUCUCUGGUCAACACCAAAACCAGGUCCCUCCUCCAAGUGCUUUCGACUUCAAUCAGUUCCCGUAUGGCGAGCAACACAUGCACUCAAGCUCUUCCAUCAUCUCACCAGCCAGUCAAUUUCAGGCGCAAUUUGGUGGCCAACAGAGCAACCUGGUCAGCCCCAACACAGAUAGUGGCGCGUUUGUCCACAGUCCGACAGAACCAUGGAAACAUCAGCCGGCGAGAGCUCAAGCGCGGGUGGAAGAGAUGGAUGUGUAUCCUAGUGCCAAUGCCGCUCCUCAGAUGAAUCUUCCUGUGGAGGAUGCAGACUUCCAGUACCCAUGCUCGGACGACGACGCCUCCAUGCCCGACUCCGAGGACGCAUUCGAAGAUCUCAUGGGCGAAGAGAGCGCGUACGGCCAACUGGUGCAGAGCCGGAACGAUGGACCUUGGGAUGGAUUCGGAACUAAGAUGAGGUCCUUCUCGGCUUUUGCUGACGAGACGAUUCUCACAUCGUACAUACCCACGCCUAACAAUUCGCCACUCAACGAUGAACGAACUGCUGCUUUGUUCUGGCACUUUAUCAACGUCACAGGGCCAAGCAUGUCGCUAUACGAGCGGCAUCCUUUCGACCACUCAAAGUUGACAAACAAUGCCUCUGUGCCUAAAGCAGGACACAACAUUUGGACCUACACGUUUCCCAUUAUAUCGUUUACACAUCCUGCCCUCCUGCAGGCCAUGCUUGCAUUGGGCGCGUUACAAAUCGCCAAGCUGCAACAAAUACCGCCGACGGCGGCCAUGAAGCAUUAUCACCUCGCCAUCCGCAGGAUCGCAAAGAAUCUACGGAGUCCUAAGAGGAGAACUUCGCCAGCAACACUGGCCGCCUCCCUCUUGCUCGGGUAUUUUGAGGUCUGGAACUCGGAUCACACAAAGUGGUGCAACCAUCUCUUUGGCUCCAGGCUCUUGAUUAGGGAGAUCCCCUUCAGGCAAAUGACAAAGAACAUUCUGCCGCUGAAACGGGUGAGGAGGGCGCUGUUCCAGGAGAGCCAGAAUCAGCCAAUGGACCCGUUCUACAUGGGCCACGACAACACGCACAUGAUGAGCCACGAUCUCGACGAUCUCGAUCUCGGUUUCCUCAGCAAGCUGACCAACCAGCACGUCUCGUACGAGGACGACGAGCCGUCUCCACACUACUACACGGACCGCGAUAUCGAGCACUACGAACAUCUAAGAGAUUUGUACUGGUGGUACUGCAAGAUGGAUGUGUACCAGAGCAUGUUGGGCGGAGGGAAACCUUUCAUGGAUUACCAGCACUGGACGCAAUGUCCGCCACGAGCGCCUAUGGGUCGACUUGAGGCCAUAUACGGAACGUACGACCACCUCAUGCUGUUGCUUGGGCGCCUGUGCAGCUUCGCAUCAAAGGAUCUCCCGAGGAAAAGGAAAUCGUUUAAGGGCUUCGGGCCUCCAGGAGGACCACCGCAAGGACCACCGCAAGGAGGACCACCGGGUGCGGGUGGGCCACCGAGAGGCGGUCAAGGUUGGCCGCCGGCAGGGAUGGGGCCGCCCGGUGGGAUGAUGGGAGGGAGGCCGGGUGGACCUCCCGGCGGCCACCCGAUGGGCAUGCCGCCGCCAAAUAUGAUGGGAGGACCACCGCCAGGAAUGGGGCCGCCGCCGGGAAUGGGCCCCGGCGGUCCCGGUGGCUCGCCGCCUAUGUUCCCGGGCAUGCUUCCCAACCUCGGAAAGGUAACGCUGCCAAUGGGCUUCAGCCCCCCUCGCGACGACUCCCCGCCGCCGCCCGACGCCCCAGAGGAAGACGACCUCGACUCGGACGCAGCCGCCGACGCAGCCAUGCGCGAAUGGACCUCCCUCCGCGAGGCCUUUGAGAUGCUCCGAUCCCGCUUCGGCCCCGAAUUCCAGCCCCUGGGCGCCGAGUAUGCCGACCGCAGAGAUUCACCUUUUGGUCCCACGCUGCAGUACCGCACCUUUUCGGUGGCGGGCAUCUGGAUGAACUACUACAUGGGCCUCAUCCACCUCUACCGCGCGCACCCCAAGAUGCCGCCCGCCGCUAUGAUCGCCGCGGGGAUCCAGGCGCAGCACACGGCCAAGUUCGCCAUGGAGAUUGGGCGGAUCGCGGCCGGGUUGACGGACGAUUGUAGCAAUGUGCUCGAGAUUAGCACCCUCGUCGGCGCAGCGCUGAUUGAGAGUUCUUUCUGUCUGUUCGUCAGCGCUAUUCAGUACCAAAGCGACGCCCAACGCCACUGGAUCGUCAGACGCAUGCACGACAUCGCCCGCCUCACGGGCUGGCAGUCGGCACGGCAGAUCGCCGAGGGCUGCGAGUCCGGGUGGAAGAAGGCGGCGGCCAUGGGCCGGGGACCGCCGUACGCGCGCGACCCGAGCCUGCAGACCGUGGUGCCGCCGUCUGUGUGGUCGAACCCGCGGCGGAUCGGCGCGCGCAUCGAGCAGCUCGAUAGCGACGACACGGUGCUCGUCGUCGCCAAGUCGGAGAGGGCGUUUUAUGCUCUCGGUCUGAUUAGCGUGGAAGAGGAGAUGGAGAGGCUGGUGAUUAAGGAUGAGGGGUGA